CGCGUCCAGGGCACAAGCUCAAGCUGGCACAAGCUCUACAAGCUCAAGCACCGCCCGGGCCGCGAAAUCGCACAGUGACAGUUCAUCCACCAGGACUCGGGCCCCGCUCCGCCGCCGUUCAUGAUUCUCCUGCCCCUGCUCCUCGCCCUGCCUCCGCUCGGCCUUCGUCGCCCCGCGCCGCUGGCGCGGCGGUGCGCGCCUCCGGUCGCGGCAGAGGCGCUCGUGCCCCGGAACCGCGUCGCCUGCUACGGCUGCGGCGCAGAGCUGCAGGCCGACGUGGCUGGUUCGCCCGGCUACAUGGAGCCAGAGCGGUACAAGAUGAAGCGCAAGCGCCGCCAGCUCCGCGAGUCGCUCUGCGACCGGUGCCGCCGCCUGAGCUCGGGCGAGAUCCUGCCAGCCGUUGUCGAGGGUCGGCUCAAGCGGCCGUCGGGCGCGGCGGUCGGCGAGGAGGGGAGAGGGAUCACGACACCCGAGGCGCUGCGCGGCGUCCUCCUCCCGCUGCGCGAGCGGCCUGCCCUCAUCGCUCUCCUCGUCGACUUGACAGACGUGGCUGGCACGCUGCUCCCGCGCGUGCGCGAGCUCGUGGGCGGAAACCCGAUCUUGCUGAUCGGCACGAAGCUCGACCUGCUGCCGCGCGGUACGGAGCCUGAGCGGGUGGCGGACUGGCUCAGCGGCGCGGCGCGCAAGAUCGGCGGCGUCGUCGACGUGCACCUCGUCUCGUCUAAGGCGGCCCCUCCUCGGCUGUCGGUGGGCAGCGUGGGCAGCGUGGGCACACCGACGAGUGGCUUGGCAGGCACCUCCUUCUUCUGGGGCGGUCUCGCGCGCAUCGACGUCGUCUCCGCGCCGCCCGCGCUGCGGCUCACCUUUUGCACCGGCGGCUCGCGGCUGAGGCUGCACGAGUGCCCGACGGCCGAGGCGGCCGAGGCGCACGCGGCGAGGGCGGGCAUCGAGUGGACCCCUCCGCAGGACGCCGCUUCGGCGGCGGAGCUGGGGGAGCUGCAGCUGGCGCGGACGGCCCGGCUGCGCCUCACGCCGUGCGAGCAGGCGGCCGACCUCGCAAUCUCGGGGCUGGGGUGGGUCUCGGUCGGAUGCCUGCCGACCCUGCAGCAGGGGGCGCUCGAGGCGACCCUCGCCGUGUGGGUGCCUCGCGGCGUGGAGGUCUUCGUGCGCCCGCCGAUGCCCGUGGGUGGGCUGCCCACUGUCGGGAGCGAGGCGUGA